UUUUAUGCAAUAAGUACAGAAGAAUAGAAUCAAUAAAGAAAUUUAAGAUUUCGAAUAGAGAUAAAAAAAAGUAUAUAUAUUUUGAUUAUGAAUAGAAUGAAGAUAAUGGUAUAACUAUUUUAAUAGUUGAUAAUAACAUUACUCAUUGGAAAGGAUUUAUUAAUGGAUCACCAGAUACUCCUUAUUAAGGUGGAUAUUUUUAGAUUGAUAUUGUUCUUACUGCUGAUUAUCCUUACAAACCACCAAAAAUGAAAUUCGAUACAAGAAUUUGGCAUCCUAAUAUAUCAUCGUAUUUUAAUAAUCUAAUAAGAUAAACUGGUGCUAUAUGUCUUGAUAUAUUAAAGGAUGAAUGGUCACCUGCGUUAUCAAUUCGAACAGCCUUAUUGUCAUUAUAGGCCUUAUUAUGUGAUCCUUAGCCAGGUAAUUGAGUAAGCAUGAUAUAUAUAGAUUCACCAUAAGAUGCUGUUGUAGCUAAUCAAUAUAAAACAAAUAAGGAAUUAUUUAUAAAAACAGCAAAGUAUUUAUUAAUUGAAUUAAGUAAGAGAAUGGACAUUAAAUUAUGCAUCAAAAAAUAAAUAAAAUGAGAAAAUUGCUAAUCUAGUUGCAUUAGGUUUAGAUGAAUAAAAAGUUAAAGUAAUUAUUAGUUAAAAUAAUUAUAUAGGAUGCAUUACUUAGAUUUGGAUAUGAUGAAGAAUAAGCUGCAAAUUUCUUAUUAGGAGGAUGA